AUGGAUGAAGGACAUGAAUACCCCUUGGCAGCUGAGUUGGUGAAGAAGCAUUUCUACGUGGACGAUUGUUUGUUCAGUGCCCCUACCUUCGAAGAAGCAAGGGAAGCCAAGGAGCAGUUAAUCAGCCUCUUGAAUCUGGCACAAUUAGAGCUAUCCAAGUUCAGAUCAAAUCAUCCUGAUCUUCAGUCUGAACCAACCGAUGAAUCUCAACAAAUUCAAGAAUUUGAAGAGUUGGUCGUGAAGACCUUGGGCAUGACACUGAACGUGAAUACAGACACAUUCCAGUACAAAGUAGCUGAAAUUCCGGAGGGUCAUGGGACUCUCAGGGUGGUAAUGUCUACAGUGGCAAGAAUUUACGAUCCUCUGGGGCUUAUCACUCCGAUCACUGUCGUCGCUAAAGCCAUUCUGCAGAGCGUAUGGAAAUUCUGGAAAGAUACUGAGGAUUCCGUAAAUUUCGACAAACCAAUUCCACCAGAGAUUGAGGAAAAGUGGAUCGAAUUCAAGGAGAAUCUGCAGCAUCUAGAGAAGCUGAGAAUUCCCAGAUGGAUUUCGUCAAUUGCAGAAGUGGUAAAACGAGUACUUCAUUGUUUCUGUGAUGCCAGCAAGCUGGCUCACGCAUCCUGUAUCUACCUCGUGUCAGAAGAUGCAACGGGGAAUAGGUGUUCAAGAUUGCUGACAUCAAAAAGCAAGGUCAAUCCCAUGAAAUUUAGAGAUCAGGCCGAACUCACCAUUCCAAAAGCUGAAUUGUGUGCUGCGGAAUUGGCUGCUAAUCUUGCAGAAGUUGUUUCAUCAGCCAUGGGAAUUUCAGAGUGCCACCUCUGGACAGAUGCAACCGUGGUGUUGUACCAAAUCUACAAUUCUUUCCGUAAACGUGAGUCGUUUGUUAAACGUCGGACUGAAAAAAUCCUGAAGUUAACUACGGCUCACCAAUGGAGUCACGUGGACACGAAGGAAAAUCCCGCAGAUUUGGCCUCUAGAGGGACAUCACCACAACAGUUGGAGUCAUCACCCCUAUGGUGGAAUGGACCGACCUGGCUUUUGUUGUCCCAAAAGGAUUGGCCCAAGAAAUUCAGCGCGCUUGAGGAACCCACCGAAUGCAGUCUUACAGUCACAACAGGAGAUACACUACCCGAAGACAAUGAAGAUGUUCAAAAUCCUAUUUAUCAAGCUCUGCUAUCGAGAUACAGCACCUACAGCAAAUUGAGACGUGUGACUGCAAGGUGCCUGGAGGCAAGUUUCAUCUGGAAAUCCACAUUAAGGCGAGCGAAUCGAAACACUCGUCGACCUACGUUUUCGAGGCACCUCAGUGUCCAGUACCUUAGGGAUUCCGAAACUUUCCUCAUCAAAAGUGAUCAAAGACAGCAUCUUGGACAAGUAAUCAGGUCUGUGGAGAAUGGAGCAUUGAAUUCCAAGCGUAUCCCCAACCAAAUACAAAAGCUGAGGCCGUUCUUGGACGCAGAUGGGGUACUCAGAGUGGGUGGUCGUUUGACCAACUCGCUAGAACCGUUUGAUGCCAGACACCCACGCAUUCUGCCGAAAAGCCACCUCGCUAAAUUAAUUGCGGAAAGGGAACAUGUGCUUAUGCUACAUUCCGGGCCACAGCUCACACUCUCAUCACUGAGGCAGAGGUAUUGGCCGAUUGGAGGCAGAAAUUUAACCAAGAAGAUUGCCAGAAAUUGCCAUCCGUGCAUCAGAGCCAAACCGCCUACAUUGGAGCAGCUGAUGGGGAAUUUGCCUCGCGAGAGAGUUGUCAACUUCCGCCCGUUUACAGCCGUUGGUGUGGACUUUGCGGGGCCCUUUUUGAUCAAACAUGGCAUUCGCAAGUACGUCAAGGUCAAAGCAUAUGUGGCUGUGUUUGUGUGUUUCGGCACCAAAGCAGUUCACUUGGAACUCGUCAGCUCACUUCACACCGCCGAAUUUAUUGCUGCGUUCCGGAGAUUUUCCGGACAGAUACGGGAGCUUUGGGAAACAGAAAAUCACAAAUCUGCAGUGCACCAAUUCGCAAGCGAGUUGGAAAUCGAAUGGAGUUUUCUAACACCAAGGGCCCCUCAUCAAGGUGGAAUCUACGAAGCUGCGGUGAAAUCUUUUAAACACCAUUUUGUUCGAGUCAUUGGUCGCACUACUCUGACGUUUGAAAACUUCACAACGCUGCUAUGCCAAAUUGAAGCAGUCCUCAACAGCAGGCCGCUCAUCACACUCUCUGAAAAUCCUGAAGAUCCAGUCAGUUUAACUCCGUCAUUUUAUCUCAUUCAUUCAUCACUCACACAACUUCCGGAUCCAGACUUGACACACUUGACUUGGAAUCAUCUCAGCAAGUGGCAAAUGGUGCAGAGAAUUAGUCAAGAAUUCACCAAAAGAUGGAAACGGGAGUAUCUCAACACCCUUCAGUCCCGCCAGAAAUGGUCAAAGGAUCACGAAAAUCUCAAAGAGGGUGAUAUGGUGAUGAUCUCGGAUGAGAUUCUUCCAUCGACGAAGUGGCCCAUUGGAAUUGUGGAAAGGACAUAUCCAGGACAGGACGAUUGUGUGCGAGUUGUGGAUGUGAGGACUCGUCAGGGAACUUACCGUCGGGCUAUACAAAAGCUCAUCAAACUACCAGUGGAUGAUUGA